AUGCGUCCUGCUGAGCAGCUUCGGGGUUCCAAGCGUGGUGGCAAGUCCCCAAACGAGCAGGCGCGGUGCAGGGGGAGUAUUGCUGCGCCUCGGCCAAAAUGUCGGUGGGGCCUGCCUGGAGAGUGGGCAGGGGGCUCAGGGAAGGUCCGGCACCCAAAUCGGGGCCCUCACCCCGAUCAAUCUGCAACACGUUUCGCAGUCACUCCCCGCACGACGGCUACUUUCAAGCCCCCUUUUUCGGACGAGAAGAGCGUUGCUACCCGCCCGAAAGAGAUGGCACCGAAACCGCACCCCCCAGGCAGCACCAUGUGGCAGCCCGCUGCCGGGGCGCGGCUGGGCCCUACGCAGGGAGCGGUGGGGUCCUCGGGAAGGCGGGCGGCUGCCAGCCCGGGACGCCGCUCCUUCCCUGCGGCCUGCCGGCCGGUGUCCCGCCCAGCCCCGCACCCCGGCCCUGCCCGGAGCGGAGGGCGAGGGGAGGCGGCGUGUGUUCGGCCGGCCCCCGGCGCGGCUGGCGGCGUCACCCGGGACACUACCGCGAAUUCUUCUGAGAGCCACAAUUGUGCCAAAAGCAUCUUGACCUCAGACAGGCUGCAGAUAGUUGUGACCCUUUCGGAGUUCUUUAAUGAAACCUGGGAGGCAGCCAACUGUGCAAAUUGUUUAAAGAACAGCAGUGAGGGAUUAUCAAAUUCUACUGUAGAAUUCCUGGAUUUAUUCAAUAAAUCUCUGACAUGUUUUGAACAUAACCUUCAGGGACAAACCAUCUAUCUGUCACCAAGUAACUACACAGAAGUAUGUAAAAACUGCAACGAAACCUACAAAAUGUUGAAUGACCUGUAUAACAACUUGCAAAGGAUGAACAGGCAAGGUGGUGAGUCUGGGCACUCGGCGCACUUGUGCAUCGAUGUGGAAGAUGCAAUGAACAUCACUCGGAAGCUUUGGAGCAGGACUUUCAACUGUUCUGUUCCCUGCAGUGAUACAGUCCCAGUGAUUGCAGUUUCAUCCUUUAUUCUCUUCCUACCUAUUGUUUUUUAUCUUAGUAGCUUCCUUCACUCGAAGCAGAAGAAACGGAUACUCAUUUUGCCCAAGCGCAUCCAGUCAAAUGCCAGUCUUGUGAACAUCCAAGAAAAAUACAGCUGAGCUGCAAAACAAAACCUGAGAACUGCUGCUGUUAUACAG